AUGCCUCUCUCAAAGCUCCUGGUUUCGUCGCUUCUGCUAUCCUUUCUCCUCUUCCGUCUCGUUGAAUCUGAUCAACCGGUAAACGCACAGACUCCGGGUUCUCUUGUUCAGCAGAUAGAUUGUAAUGCCGCAUGUGCUGCGAGGUGCCGUUUAGCAUCUCGCCAGCGCAUGUGUCACAGAGCGUGUGGAACCUGCUGCAGACGCUGCAACUGCGUGCCACCGGGAACUGCCGGCAACCAAGAAGUGUGUCCCUGCUAUGCCAGUCUCACCACCCACGGUGGCAGACGCAAGUGCCCUUAG